UUGCGCCAUACUUUGAAUGUGCAUUGCGUUGCCGCGCGGGUGUGUGAAUUCUGCGUGCCUUUUUGUCCAUUUUGUGUUUGAAUUUAGAAAUUGAGCUGCUCCGGCCUCCAGAGCUGAUCUUUAUUCUCCAUUGCCCACCAGCUCUCACACUUCCAUCGUCAUGACGUCUGUGAUCCGGAUCAAGCGGAAGGUGGGCGAUGACCCGCAGCAGGCACUGCUGGCCACCAAACGGCGCCGGCUCCACUCGGGGGACGAGGCCGCCGCCUCCUCCAGCGCCGACACGCCGCUCAGUGCCGUCCUCCAGUUCGUCGGCACUAUGAAACCGGAGGACACCACGUUACCGGACGCGGCGCUGAGCGCUGUGCGCGCCCAGCGGAAAUCUGGCGCGGCGCGGCGUGACCCGAUGUCGGUUCCCGCCGCCGUGGAGCGCGCCAAGGAAGCGCGCCGAGCCCGACUCCAGGACGAACAGAAGGCGCGGCGCUACCGUAUCGUAGCGCGCCGCCGCGGGGAGCCCGACGGUGAAUCGGCCGACGCUGACUCGGACCUCGCUAGUCUCCCUGGCGUUAUUGACGUGGAGGAGGAGGCGCCGGCGGCCUCCGCGGCCUCCUCCAAACCUCCCUCUGGCCCAGAGGAGCAGCUGACCUGUAACGGCCAGGUCAUGGAGCGGGUGGCAGUGCCGGAUCCGACCUCCACCACCUACGUGUACGACCUCUACGUCAGCAGCGCCCCACUAUCCGCCGACGACGAUCUGCUGGAACUGCGCCCCUGCGACGACGUCCAACUCUGGGACCACCGCGCGGCGCGGCACAGCGACAGCGACGACCCUUUCGCCGACGACGACGAUGACUCCAACGACGAGGAUAACUGGCGUAAUGACUACCCAGAGGAGCUGGGAGACUCUGACUACGAACGCUACAUGAACCCCGUGGAUGGUGCAGAGUUCGACCUCAUCAGACGCAUGGAGGCACACGAGAUCGCUGGAGAUGAUGAUGAUGAUGAACCUCUCGCCUAUGGACUGGAUGAACUGGAAGAGGGAGGGGAUAAAGACCCGUACGAUAAGUACAAGGCUCGCGUGCUGCGGCAGAUUAAUGGUGAGGACAGUGACAGUGACGGGGACGGAGGAUACCUGGCGGACUCCGGAGACGGUAGUGAUGAGGAGGAGGGGUAUUAGGCCGAGAUAGGAGAUGUGAUGUGCGAUGGCUGAUAAUAAUCAGGGUUUAUUGUGGAUGGGAAUGUUUGUUGCCUGUAGACGCUCUUGAAAGCGAACCCGUGAUGAUAGGUCUUGAAUGUUCUGUUCGUAAAGCGUAGAUGUGAUAGCCAUUGUGUCUGUUUUGACUGCUGUACCAGUCUCUUCUUUUCUGAUUCAUACUAACUUACAAGAAAGUAGGAAGCAUCGUCAUCAUAAUUGUUUUUCAUCACCAUUUUAUAAUAGUCGAAAAUACAUUGUUGUAAAUAUGCUUUA